CCGGGCCGCGCCCCGAGCGAGCCUCGGAAAUGCCCGCGCCGGGGGAGCGGACGGCGGCUGCCCCGCGGGCCCCGAGGAGACGCUGAAGGUCGCCGGGAGGGAGGGGAGAGCGCGCGGUCACCUGACCCCCGGGGCGCACCUAGGCGGGGCGGGGCCCAUGCGAGGCGGAGGCCGGGGGCCGGGGCGCGGGCUCAGGGGCCGGGUGCGGAGCGCGCGGAGCCGGGGCUGCGGGGACGCGGGCGGGCGAGGUCGGGCACCGCGGGCGGCCUCGCCAUGUCCCAGCCCGCGGGGAGGAGGCAUUGCCGAAAGGCGGGGAUCCGCGCCGCCGUGGUGCUCAUCGGACUCCUGCACAAAUCCCGGAGGCAGAAUAAAGAGAAAAGGAAGCAGGAGCUGGCCAACAGCUCGGAUGUGACCCUCCCAGACCGGCCGCUGUCCCCUCCUCUCACGGCACCUCCCACCAUGAAGUCGUCGGAGUUCUUUGAGAUGCUGGAGAAAAUGCAGGGGAUCAAGCUUGAAGAGCAGAAGCCGGGACCCCAGAAGAACAAGGAUGACUACAUCCCAUACCCCAGCAUUGACGAGGUUGUGGAGAAGGGAGGCCCGUACCCUCAGGUCAUCCUGCCACAGUUUGGGGGCUAUUGGAUCGAGGACCCGGAGAACGUGGGCACCCCAACGUCGCUGGGGAGCAGCAUCUGUGAGGAGGAGGAAGAGGACAACCUCAGCCCCAACACGUUCGGCUACAAGCUCGAGUGCAAGGGUGAAGCCAGGGCCUACCGGAGGCACUUCCUGGGGAAGGAUCAUCUAAACUUUUACUGUACUGGCAGCAGCCUGGGGAACUUGAUCCUGUCCGUCAAGUGCGAGGAAGCAGAGGGGAAGGAGUACCUCCGGAUCAUCCUCAGGUCCAAACUGAAGACGGUACAUGAGCAGAUCCCCUUGGGUGGACUGAGCAAGCUUCCCAGUGUCCCGCAGAUUGCAAAGGCUCUCUGUGACGAUGCAGUGGGACUGAGAUUCAACCCUGUCCUGUACCCCAAGGCCUCCCAAAUGAUUGUGUCCUAUGAUGAGCAUGAAGUCAACAACACAUUCAAAUUCGGAGUCAUUUAUCAAAAAGCCAGGCAGACCCUGGAGGAGGAGCUAUUUGGGAACAAUGAGGAGAGCCCAGCUUUUAAGGAGUUCUUGGACCUGCUGGGGGACACGAUCACACUGCAGGAUUUCAAAGGUUUCCGAGGAGGCCUGGAUGUGACCCACGGACAGACAGGGGUGGAAUCAGUGUAUACGACAUUCCGGGACAGGGAGAUCAUGUUUCACGUUUCCACAAAGCUGCCAUUUACCGAGGGAGACGCCCAGCAGCUCCAGAGAAAGAGACACAUUGGAAAUGACAUCGUGGCCAUCAUCUUCCAAGAGGAAAACACACCGUUUGUCCCAGACAUGAUUGCCUCCAAUUUCUUACAUGCCUACAUCGUCGUGCAGGUGGACACCCCGGGCACAGAGACCCCAUCCUACAAGGUCUCUGUCACUGCGCGGGAAGAUGUGCCCACCUUUGGUCCACCUCUGCCCAGCCCCCCUGUUUUCCAGAAGGGCCCGGAGUUCAGGGAGUUUCUGCUCACCAAGCUCACCAAUGCCGAGAACGCCUGCUGCAAGUCGGACAAGUUUGCAAAGCUGGAGGACCGGACCAGGGCUGCCCUCCUGGACAACCUUCACGAUGAGCUCCACGCCCACACACAGGCCAUGCUGGGACUGGGCCCAGAGGAGGACAAGUUUGAGAAUGGAGGCCACGGGGGGUUCCUGGAGUCUUUUAAGAGGGCCAUCCGCGUACGCAGCCACUCCAUGGAGACCAUGGUGGGCGGCCAGAAGAAGUCGCACAGCGGGGGCAUCCCCGGCAGCCUCAGCGGGGGCAUCCCCCACAACAGCAUGGAGGUCACCAAGACCACCUUCUCGCCUCCAGUGGUGGCGGCAACGGCGAAGAACCAGUCACGGAGUCCCAUCAAGCGACGCUCGGGGCUCUUCCCCCGCCUGCACACGGGCUCAGAAGGCCAGGGCGACAGCCGGGCACGAUGUGACAGCACAUCCAGCACACCCAAGACCCCGGAUGGUGGACACUCCUCUCAGGAGAUAAAGUCUGAGACCUCAUCCAAUCCCAGCUCUCCGGAAAUCUGCCCCAACAAGGAGAAGCCCUUCAUGAAGUUGAAGGAAAACGGCCGCGCCAUCUCCCGCUCCUCCUCCAGCACCAGCAGCGUCAGCAGCACUGCAGGGGAGGGCGAGGCCAUGGAGGAGGGCGACAGUGGGGGCAGCCAGCCGUCCACAACCUCACCCUUCAAGCAGGAGGUGUUUGUCUACAGCCCAUCCCCGAGCAGCGAGAGCCCCAGCCUGGGCGCAGCUGCCACCCCAAUCAUCAUGAGCCGGAGUCCCACAGAUGCCAAAAGCAGAAACUCCCCGAGAUCGAACCUGAAAUUCCGCUUUGACAAGCUCAGCCAUGCCAGCUCUGGUGUGGGUCACUAAUGUGAAAGUGGAGUCCUUCGCCUGUCCAAGGGAAGCCCCUCUUCUGUCCUGGAAAAGGCUCCUGUUCCAGCAGUUUGGGAGUGCCGUCCACGACCCUGACAGUCCCAGCCCCGCCGCUCCCCGGCCACCUGCCCACAGAUGUGCUGUUGGUCCAGGUGUCCCAGUCUAGCCACAGCCCUGCCUCUGCCCUCACCUACAUGUCCUCCCAGGACCUCCCAUCUCUGGACGAGGCCUCCUUCCUCAGGUUCCUCCUGCUGCUGACCUCCCAGUGUGAUGUCUGGGUCCCUUAUCAUCCUAUUCAUCCUGGAGAGGAAAAGUGUUGGGCAAAGGGGGAUCUGGGGGGAGCUUAGCAGUGACUGGGGAGCUGGUCUGCCUCAGAGACGGAGUUGGGGGUGGGAGCAGAUCCUCGGUGAGGGUCUUGGCCACAGGGGCAGUGCCUUCCUGAACGUGGCAGGCUUUGCUACCAGAAGCGCAGUCGGUGGUGGAGGCGUCAUGUUCCCAGGAGCCAAGAUUCGUAGCAUCCUUGAGGCCAUCCUGAUAAAAUUCGGCGCUAUUGCCCCCGUAUCUCUGGAGCUCUAAACCGUCUAUCUGCUUCUGUGCUGAACGCCUUUCCCAUCUGCUGACAUAGGCCCAGGGCUGCCCUGCCCCUGCUGCCAGUGUACCGUGAGCGGGGCUCCAGCCAGUUCAGGCUCAGAGCCAGAGCUGGACGGGCCGGGACCGUGCUGCACACUUCCUGGACUCUGGCAGGAACUUUGGGUCCCACCCAGUUUCUCCUGAUUUUGGCUGCUGCGGGGUGGCUGGUGGGGGAGGGGCAGUCCCAGAGGCAGUCUCUUCCCUUUGAGAAGAUAUUUUUCCCACAAAGGGGUGGGAAGCCGGGAGUGAGAAGGAAUUCAGGGAGCGCCAAGGAGUCAGUGCUGGGAUGCUGCUUGUUGGAGUCAGUGCUGGGAUGCUGCUUGUUGGAGUCAGUGCUGGGAUGCUGCUUGUUGGAGUCAGUGCUGGGAUGCUGCUUGUUGGAGUCAGUGCUGGGAUGCUGCUUGUUGGAGUCAGUGCUGGGAUGCUGCUUGCUGGUUGAGGAAAACCUCAGGGCCUGAGGGCCAGGCCAGAGCCCAGGUCUCUGCUGAGAGGGGAGGUUCAAAGAAGACGUAGUUAUCUCUCCUCCCCACUUACGUGGGGAGAGAGGUGAGUGGGGGAUGACUUGUGGGUUCUGAUCAGGCCCCUGGGUGGGGAAGGGGCACAGUGUCCCUCAGCAGCUUAUGCCCCUGGAGUCUUGGGGGGCCCAGCCUGGCCCUGGGGCCUUUUCCAGCUACUGUGCCCUUGGGCAGCUGCGUCUGGGGCUCAACCCCCACAAUCCUAUUCCCCUCUCCAGCUGCAGGUCUGUAGGCAGCUGUCAUAUCUGAAGGGUUCCUGCAACCUGGGCCCCAUCUGGGUGUGGUUCAGACCCUGUGACCCACGUGCCACCCCCACCCUCUGCAGAGCCCCCUUGCUGGGACAGCCAGCUCACCUCCGAGGACACCCCCCCCGGCUUCUCCCACUUCCGAGUCUGCAGCGCCACGGGCUUCUCUGCCGAUGGGCCCGGGUUGGGGUUAAGGUGGGCAUCCUCCAGGUAAAAUGAGCCUGAAGAGCAGCUUUCAGUGCAGACGGGGCUGCAGAGUGACACUGGCUGGGCACCUGCCCCAUGACCGAUGACAAGGAUUUCCAGCCGAAUGCUUUAUUCCCGUAGGGAUCUGGACCUAUGCCCAAGAUACAAAUACUACACUUUUUUUUUUUUAACUGACAUUGUGAAAUUCUCCCCAUUGCUUUUGCCAUUCAAGCAACAUUGCGAUCUUUCUUCCCCGCCACGUGUGUGGGAAUGAUUGAGUCCUGUCUGCAGGCUGGAGAGUUCUCCCUUCACUAGUACUUUCCCUAAAGUACUAGUCUAGUAACAUUUAUUCUUGUUAGAAGGUCAACAAAAUAUCUGUUUAGCUUUUAUGAAGAGUCACCGUAGCAGCCCCCACGGCUGGAAAGAGGCCCGUACAUUCCGGCCGUGUUUUGUUGGCUCGGCUUCUGGAGGCACCGGAAAGGUCAAACUGCAUUUCUUUAAGAACAGAUGCAGGCUCCGGCUUGCCGCUCUGGGAAGCCGGCAUUACAGUUGCUUGGUGGAUGGGCCGUGUCACAUUGCCAUCUGAGGUCCUCUGGGGUUUCCAGGUUGUCACCACGCUGUCCCAUUUGGGAAUCUUAUACCUGCCUGUCCCCACUGUGCUGGCUGACCCUUGCUGCCUGCUGCCUCCUGGGAGGGCUUUGUCCCUGCCUCUAAGCUGGUGGGCAGGAUGGCUGGGUGGCCCCUAGAGAAGCAGAGACCUGAGAUGGGGUCUCCACGCCCGCUUUGCUAUUGGAGUGAUCUGAACAGGACCCCAAAUGCCUCUUCCCUGUGAUCAUGCCUCACUAUCUCUAGAAGCUCCAUCCUGUGGCUUCCAGAGUCUGCAUUUCCAGCCCACCUGGGCAGUGCUGAGAGGGAGGAGGAGAACAAGGAUGGCCCAGCCUCCCCUCCCUCCCCUAGACCACGGGGCAGGCAGCUCGGGUUCCUGGAGGGCUGUUUCCCCCAUGCUCUCCCUACAUCUGCUCUGAUCUCAAAUGUCUUUCCUUUUAUGCUGCGCCCGGUCUUGGGGCUCAAAGAUUUGCUCAGACCUCAUUGGCCCUUGUGACUAGGCUCAUCUAGAUGGUGCUCUUGCUGGUGUUUGAGGUAUUUCCACUGUGAUCUCCACGAGGGGAUGUUUUCCGGGACACAUCUCCGGCUCUGGGAACUGCCUGACUCACUGAAGAAACUACUUUUCAGGCACUGUAGGGCCACCCAUAUGCCUCCAGCUCAGUUGACGCUUAAAAACAGGUGCGGAAAAGCUCGCGAUGGCAAGUCUUAACGAGAGUGUCUGUCUAUGCCAGUGAAUGUAAAAAUGACAUUUCUUGAAAAAGAUUCAGUGGUUCAGCUUUGUCAGCAUCAUCUCAACACCCAUGCCUGCUGGUUCCUUUUAGCAUCUCAUCCAACCAUGUCAUCGUCCAGAUGAGAAAUCUUAGCCCAGGUGAGGGGAAUAACUUGCUUCAGGUCACACAGCUGGCUGGUGGCAAAGCUGGGAUUAGAACCCUCAACCCAGGGUCCCUUCCUCUGCAGCGCCUACAUGGUUGGUUGAAUAAGUGGCUGCGUUUCCUGGGGCCCUGGGUUUGGGGGAAGCCAGUUAGCUGCUGCCUUGGCACUGGCGUGGAGGUGAGCAGUCAAGGAUGCUGGUGAGGCCGCAGUUUCUGCUCUUUUUCGCCAGGAGGGAUAGUCUCUUGGAUUUUUCAGUGAGGACCCUUGGGCUUUGGAUGCAGCUUGAACUGAGAAAACGAGGAGGGAAAGGGAUUCAGUGAACUGUUUCUCAGCGGGAUUGGUUCUUCAGCUCCAGUGUGUAAUGGGGGCGGAGGCCAGGGAAAAAGAUGCUGUUCACCCACCCUCAGCUUCCCUUUUCCUAAAUUAAGAGGAAAAGUGGUCAAAGAAAAACUCUUCAUUUCUCCCUGUUUCUUAAACGAAGCUUGUUAAUAGAAACUCAGGCUCCCGUGACAAGGCAGGACAACAGCCUGUUUCACUUUCCUCCCCCGACCCUGCCAGGUGCCAGCUCAAACACUACCUUUCUCAUUGCUUUCUAAGUCAGUCGAGACAGAUCUGUUUUAAGCAGUCGGGGGUUCGAGUAGAUCUCAUGGGUACAGGCGGCCAGCAGGGACCAGGCCAGUCAGCCAUGCUCAGGACCCCUCGGCUCCUCCCCCCAGCCUCUAGCUACCCCGUAUUGAGGCAGGGGGAGGCCAGUACAGUUUGCCAAGGCUGAUCCUGCAGCCUGGUGGGGCUGGCUGGGGUAUUCUUUUACCAAGCUCUGUUUUACCGCCAGCCCCUUGUCCACCCCGAUCCCACGUCUCCCUCCCUUCAGCUGGACCGUGUGCCCCUUUGGGAGCAAGAAGACAAGCCCCGCUAGGGCCAAGGGCAGCAGAGCCCUGCCGAGUGAGAGGCUGUGGGGCGGCGGCUCUGUCCUGUGCCUUACCAGCCCUGGGGAGGGGGCCAUUUGGCUGGAAGACUGGAAUUUAAUUGCCAUCGUCUUUGAUUUUGUGACAUUUCUGCUUGGAAGCGUGAAUCCUCCCCCUUCCUGCUCCGUAGCAUGUGUGCAGCUCUCUCGUCUUGGGUGUUACCCUUGGACACUCCAGCUCGGGGACUGCUGGCGUGUGAGUGUGCAGAUUCCCCUGUGUGGUCGAACCUAAGAACUGUGGCUUGGAAGUGAUGCUCCACGUGACAACGACUUUCCUUUCUUUCCUCUUAGUGAGGAGGUGAUUCGUAGAUCCCAACUGCCUAUGUAAUGUAAAUAAUGUACAUUUAAUUUAUUGCUAUGGUAGCACAUUGUAUUUGUUAAUGUACAAAACAAAUUCUAAAAGGUUGACAAAUGUAUAUUUUGUUGCUUAAAUGUGUCUUUGCAGAAAUUGACAAUAAAUAACAUAUUUUGUGUCCA